ACUGGACCGAGGACCUUGGUCAGAUAAAUAUCCCGCCGAGUCAAACUGCUCUUCAUUCUCCGGGAGGACAGGACCACAGCGGUUGGCCGAAAGCAACAUGGUGCCGUCACCUCUCGCAGCGGCAGGAGGACUCCUGCUACUUUUCUCCCUCUCGUCAGCGCAAACCAGAGGAGACAGCGUCUCAUUGUGCGCCCCUAAUGACGGCUUUGGAAAGUACUGCCCUACCACGUGUGGGGUGGCCGACUACCUGCUGAAGUAUAUGCCAGGCGUGGACAGGGAUUUGAGCAAUUUGCAAAGGGACUUGGAAUCGAUUGCCAAUCUGACGCAGGGGGCCGAAGAAAAAAUUGUCCACAUGAAAGAUUCCACCACUUCAGCUCAAAAGAGUUCCAUACAAGACCCGCUCUUCAAAAAGUCGUCGAGCAUGCUGGACGAUGUCAUUCGCUUUGAAAAGACCAUCGUCACACAGGAACAACAAAUAUUUGAUCUCCAGAAUCUGAUCUCGUCCAACGAGAGGCGAAUGGCGGACUUGAAGCAGCUCUCCAUUCAGCUGCAGCAGACAUGCAGCGAGCCCUGCAAAGACACAGUUGAAAUUCAAACCAUCACAGGAACAGACUGCCAGGACAUUUCAAACAAGGGUGCCACCACCAGCGGCCUUUACUAUGUGAAGCCGUUGAAAGCCACUGAGCAGUUCCUGGUCUAUUGUGAGAUUGACAGCUUUGGACGCGGCUUCACCGUGAUACAGAGGAGACGCGACGGCAGCGUGGACUUCCACAAGGACUGGAACCAGUUCAAGCAGGGCUUCGGUUACCUCUCCCCAGAUGACACGACCGAGUUCUGGCUCGGCAACGAGAAGACCCAUCUGCUGACGGACGGUUUGAGCAUCCCGACCGUGCUGAGGAUAGAGCUUGUUGACUGGGAGGGCAACAAGAGGUACGCAGACUACACCAUGUUCAAAUUGGGAUCAGAGGCCGACAUGUAUCGCCUGACCUACGGCUUCUACCUUGGCGGCGACGCGGGAGACGCCUUCGCCGGCUUUGACUUCGGAGACGAUCCCAGUGACAAGUUCUACACGUCCCACAACGGCAUGCAGUUCAGCACCUUCGACAAGGACAACGACAAGUACGACGGCAACUGUGCCCAGCAGGACGGCUCCGGCUGGUGGAUGAACAGAUGCCAUGCUGCACACUUGAACGGCAAAUACUACCAGGGUGGCAGGUACACAGAAAAGGACGCGGGUGAAUAUGGCUUCGACAACGGCAUCAUUUGGGUCACAUGGCACAACCGCUGGUACUCCCUGAAAGAGACGACCAUGAAGCUCAUUCCCCUGACCCGCCUCACCACAACAGGUGGACAGCAGAUGGGCGUGAAGGAGUUGGGCGGACUUAAAAAGUAGACGCACGUGUUUGGGGUCCAUGCUUAUUGUGUUUCGCGCAACAACCCUGAAGCCAACCUCCAGUAGAUCAAAUACAAUGCCUCUGUGGAAGAUGUCUUGAUUCUCCGGUACUUCGUCAGUGUUGUUUUGCGCGCUAAAUAAAAUGUUUUUUUUUUCCUGUCAAA